GGCGCUGAGCCGCGAGAGUUUUAGCGGAGAUGUCUAGCUUGGCGAGAUUAGCGACCCCCUUCAUGGCCUCUCUCCGGCGAAAUCCAACUCUCUUCUUAUCCCCAAACCCACAGCGUUGUAGAUGUGGACUGUCAAACAUACGCCUCAAUAGCCUUGAGAUUUCGCCUAAAUCUCACAAGAUUCUCGGACUGCGAAGAAAACUUAUGCAAAGUUUAAACCUUUCGGGCGGCAUGGGAAGGAAAGUAUGUUUUGGAAGUUGUGUCGGCUUGUCAGUUGCAACGGGACUGGCGUGUACUCAGUCAAGUGUUGCUCAUGCUAUGGCAGAUUAUCACUCAGACUCGGGAGAGACCACGGAAGCUAUGAGAAGGGAAACAAAUAGAUUCUGGUCUCUCAUGAGAAAAAUUCAGCUGCCCAUUCUUCUGGCCUUUGUAUUAUUAUACUCACGGGGGCAUCCUAUUGCUGUUGCAAUUGAUUUUUUUCUUCUUCUGUUCUGCACAAGGCCCAACCCUUUGUCUAUUUAUAUUUUUAUUGAAGAGUUGCGGCAGAGGGAUAUGCAUGCAGACCCAAGCUUCUAUAAAACAAAGUUGCUUUACUUGAAGAAUGUUCAAGUCAAAGACUACAAAAUUCUCUGUGUUGCCAAAGUUGAACUGGUACACAAGAGGCUUUUUGUAAUCGGGAUGUUGGGUGAGUGGUUUGAUUUCAGUUUUUGAGAUCCAUGAUAGUAGAAGAAUCACUUACCCCUUGAUCAGUGGAUUGGCCAAUUUUUGUUUUUGGAUGUCAACCAACAAAACAUUAUAUGCCUUCAAAGUUGAUGUUAUUGCAGAUAAACUUUCGAGCCCCACCGUUUUCCCUGUCGUGCAUUAAAUAUGGGUCUGUAUGGUCAAUGCUCAUAAACUCUAUCUAUGAAGGUUCAUUUGUUGUAAAUUCAUGUAUGGGCAAUCAACCAUUGAGCCAUGAUGCAUAUUUUUUUGGAGAUGGAUUAUUCUUAAUCUAAAUAGCAGAAUUUGGAACAA